GAAAUACCAAACAUCUCAACUUCGUAUGAAAAGAAUUCUGAUGCUGUAUUUACUAGUAGAGCGUUUACAUUUAGUAAUUUAUUACCAAAGCCCGUUAAUUCAUCCAUUAUCACAUCAUAUGUUAAUAAUGAAGUUUGUGACUCCCAAUUAAUCGACUUGGAAGUAUCUAAUUCAAUACAAUUAAGAGACAUUGACGAUGAAAGUAAGGUUGAUGAUUUAGUGAAUUAAAUAUUAUUUAUUAGCUAUAUGAUAGUAUAAUUGGUAGCUUAAUUACUUUAUAAUGUACUAGCUGCUGUAACCUGUUGCGUUGCAACAGGAUUAAUUUAUGGUAAUAUACAAACUUAUACUACCCAUGGCCUUUUUUCUUAUUCUGCUACAGGUUUAUCUUACUUUACAUAAUCUUUUUUGCACUGUUCAAGCAGUUGGCAUAUUCUUUCAUAUACUAUUAUACAUUAGUAUUGUGGAAGCAUAUCUGAUUAAUCAAAUUUUUUAUUUACAUCAUUAAAAUUUACUACAUACAACUUAUUAAAGGAUGGAGAUAACCAAAAAAAAAAAUUGCAAUAAAAAAUGAACAAUAAAAAAACAACGAAAAAAA